CGUGCAUGAACGUCUUUGGGGAGAGAAGACUGAAAUAUGAAAUAAGCCUUCGACCUAGCGCACAAUACCAUCACACAUCACACCCCACCACACUCCACAAGCGAAAAACGCUGCAAAAUCGUCUCGUGGGAGGAAGUGCAAUACUCAUAUCCAGCUUCUCCUUCCUCACAACACCUCACUCUCCCCUUCCCUCCUUACCCUCUCCCCUCCUCACAAACCCCCCCUUCACGCUUCUCGCCGCUUCCCCACGUAGCGAUACAUAAUAGUGUAAUCCGCGCGUAGACCAGCAACAGCACAUCAAAUCAGACCAUCCCAGACAAAACAAAAGAGUAGUGAGAAUUUAUCUACAAAGUUUACUAGGUAAAACAGUCGGUGUGUAUUGCCCCGGGCAGUGUACUCCAGCCCUGCCCAGUUUGGCAUUAUAGUAAGAGGUAGUGUAGUGUAGUACGAUAGUAAAGGGUUUCUAACGAAGACUUAUUGUAGAAUCGUAGGUAGUAGUAAGACGUGCCAACACCGUACACUCCGUUGUAUACUUCUUAGGCCCUAUACUCGCCAGCUAGCUAG